AUGUCCGUUCUCCGUCAUCAUGGGGGGUCCUACCUCCAGCGACGCCUCACUAAGAUGUAUACCGACACCAAAACAUCGUGUGAGAGUGUCACUACCGCGUCCAAGGCCGUUGACGACCCCGAAUUAGUCACGCUCCACCGGAAUUUCAGAACCCAGCGAGAUCGGCUGUUGGCAUGGGGCCUCGACUGGAGCGACGCUAGCGCAGCUCAGCCAAACGAUAUCGACGAGUCCCUGACCCAGGCCGGCUUUAGCGACGUCGUUGCCAGUGUUAUGUCGUCAAUCCAAGAGCUUCUAAACGAAGCCGAACGCUUGCAGCACACAGGAACCUCCGAUCUCCUACCGCCCAAAGGUGGCCGAGCUGACAAGGAUGCGAAAGAUGCGCUGAGCCGUCUACCGGUCAAAACGCACUGGACCAAUGACGAUAUCAAUCGAUCGAACACCCUGCUCUCCGACUUGACCUCUUGCAUUGACACGCUAUAUGACCUAUCUCGUUCGCGGCGCAACAUGGCCUCCAGUGGACAGUCGGGCUGGUCGCGGCAAACACCUACCACGGACUCUAAAUCCUACCACGGCCCAUCCUACGAUUCGAAGCAGAUGUAUGGCAGCUCCAUCACGAAACAAGACCCCUUCGAAUAUUCGCCCUACCCCCAUCAUAAUCUUGCGAAGCCAAGGCUGGAAAACUCGCAGAACUACCUCAUCGAUCGCUCGGCGCUGCAGCUCUCUGGUGCAUCCCACGACAACAGCCCUCCGCCGUAUGAAGUGGUCGCCGCUUCCACUAAUUCCCGCGCCAUCGGCCGCAUCAAGACCUCGGCCUCUCCAUUUUUGCGAGGUUCCAAGGACUCCACGGCGACUAUCCUUGUUGAAUUCACACCCAUGAUUCUGGAGUCGUCGGGCGCUGUCGCGGUUCCCGGUAAUAAACGUCUUGAUCACGUCAACCAGACCCUCGAUCAGCUGGUUCAAAAUGUGCGGGUGUCUCACCUGGGAUUGUUGAAAUUCUUGGGCUAUUAUAUUGACAUGCCCAACUCCAGGUAUGCUUUCAUCUACCAGAUGCCAAUGGACUAUUUCCCUUUCCUGCGCAACCCCACCGAUCUGUUGCAGGGUUUAAAACCAAAGCAAUUGGUGUCUCUAUUCCAGACCAAAGAAGACAACCAGAUCCCCAAUCUGGAAACGCGGUUCCGUUUGGCCUACGAUCUUUUGAUGGCCGUACUCCAGUUAAGGAGUCAGAAUCUGGUGCACGGCAACAUUAACAGCAGCAACGUUCUCAUUUUCCCGGGACUGACAAACUCCAACAACGACGAAGUCAGCCUGACAGAGAACAUUCAACGCCCGUACCUGACGUCGUUCGCGCAAUUUUCUGCAAACGGGUCUACGCCCGAGCCUUUAUCGUCAAGCAUGUACCGUCAUCCCGACGACAAGCGGUCACUUGAGGACGAUGCUGCCUGGGCUUACGACCUCUACUCGCUGGGCCUGGUCUUGAUGGAAAUCGGAUUGUGGGCGCCCGUAAGCCGCCUGUGGAAGAUGAAAUACAACAACUCCAUGUUCAAGCAGCGGAUCGAGAACGUCUACCUACAGAAGCUGGCCCCCAAAUGCGGCAGUGCCUAUCUUCACGUGGUGCAGUUAUGUCUAGAUGCGCCGAACUUUCACCUCUCCACGCAGCCUUUCGACGACCUGAACCUACGAGUGCCCCAAACCUUCCACUACCCGGUGCUGGAUCUCUCCGAGCCGGACAGCAUCUUUUCGUUCUCGAUGAAUUUCAUCUACACCAUGUCCAAAAUCGCCUGGUCCUGCUGCCGAAUCGAUCUUUUUUCGGCGCCGAGUGCCGACGAGUUGGAUGAUUGUCUGCCCCUUGCUCUUGUCCCUAGACCCGACGUGCAAGAUUCGAAAGCGGCAAUGGCCGAAUUUGAACCCGCACAUACCCAAUCCGUCCCUAUUGCCGAGCCGUUUCCUGUACUACCCCAUGCCGACAUGAAGGCCCUUCGAGGCAAAAUGGGCCUCGAUGAGCGACAGACUCGUAAAAGAACUUUCAAGAAGCUCACCAACGUUGAAAUUCCACAGGAACAUUUGAAUGUGUGGAAUUUCCAGAUGCUUCCCCGACUCCGGAAGCUCUUACAGAAAAUCCUGAAAGACUCCUCCGAAUCGUGCGGUGUUACUCUCAUGAUGACCGGCGAUGCGGCGGAAAACGCUCGGACCACGAUCUGCGUGACCUGCGCCAGCGCAAAGAAGGUCCGGGCGGCGUUAAAGAAGUAUUUCCCACUCGAGAGCGAAGACUGGGAUCUUCUUGUGCUCCGGGGCGACAUCCAACGGUCCAAAGUCCCACGGAAGAAGCGCCGCAGGCCGGCGAAGACUGGACCGGAGAGAGUAGACCCGCAUAGCUCUUCUUACCAAAACCCCAAUCCUUGCCAUCAGCAACGGCCCUUGUGCGGCGCAUCCAUGGGGGCAUUCUUGAAUGAGGAGCAUUUGCCUCCGGUGACAUACGGUGGUGCCAUACUGGUAGAUGGCAUGCCCUAUGGGAUGACCGUUCACCACAUGCUUGAAGCACCCAGUGACCAGGAGGAUGAGGAUGAAGACUCUGGCGGGCCCUUGCGGUCGGCUGGUAAUUGGCCGCAACCGUCAGGUCCGCAAAAUGCGGAAUUCAUGUACAGCUGGGCUGAUGAGGAAGGGUCGUCUGAUGUCGAUCUUGAAUUUCAAAUCUCGGAAGACGAGGACGGCGAUGGGCAUUCAUUAGAUGGGAAUUACGAGGAGUUUUGCCUGUCGGAGGGCUAUUCGUCAGACGAGGACGCGUUCGGCAUUGACGACGACGAGUACGAGGAUGAGGAUGCGGCGUCCAUCGGUGACACGGCGGGCAUCGAGCCCGGCGAUGAGCCGCCUCUAUUCGUCACACAGCCCGCGAUUGACGAUGUUCGAGAAGACUUCUUUCCGUCCCCCGAAGACCGCGACGAUGAACACUUGGCAUCUCACUCUUUCGGGUUCGUUCACGCAUCAUCUGGUGUUCGACGUUGGACACGAAAAGGGAUCAAACAUGAGAUUGAUUGGGCAUUGAUCAAAAUCAACGAUGAUCGGAUCGAUGUACGCAACAUCGUUUAUGACAAGGCGUCAGCAUCCAGGCCAAAUGCAUCGAGACGACGAUACGGUGACCGCAGUCCACUUCCCCAAGGUGAAGUCAUCUACCUGAAUGACAUUGCACGGUUAGAAGAUAUCGGUGGCCUAAAUGUACACUGUUGCGGUCGAACGAGUGGCCUGCAGACUGGACAGAUCUCAAGGGCAAUGACAAUCGUCAAGCUGCACGGUCGACAGACCUUCUCGACGAGCUUUUGUGUGGAUGGGAAUUUCGGGGUCCCCGGCGAUUCAGGCGCAUGGGUCUUCGAGCGGUCGACCGGUCGUGUCUGUGGCCACGUUCUGGCCUGGUCCGACAAAAGCCACACAGCGUACAUAGCGCCCAUGGAGGUCCUCCUCGAGGAUAUCGCGCGCACUCUCAACGCAUCCUACGUUGCCCUCCCAGGGGGUCCGGAUGGGUCGCUUGCAUACGCCAUGCCUCAUUCCAACACCCUCGAGCCUCAGAAUCCGCGCUACCGCAAUCCCCUUCCACUCCCGGAUCAGAUUCCCGUUGACAUCGGGCGACUCCGCAUCGACGACCCCAACAUGGGGCCUGUCAACACCAGUCGUGGUCUACGAGAAGUCUCGUACCGGGGCAUGCCACCUAUGUUGACCCAGCCUCGCAGUCUAGAAAGACAAAUUGCCUGA